AUUGGAACCCUAACCAGCGCCUCCUUCCUUCCCUCCCUCCCUCCCUCCACCACCGAUCCUCCAUUCACGACGCUAUAUUGAGGCAGCUGCUAAUAGCUGCGCUGCACCGAACAUUAACUCUGUCCUAUGCUUUUUGCUUCUACCAACUUAGGAGAAGAUUAAUUAGGUCGCUCUUCAAAUUCAGAUUUCAAUGGGCGCCCCUGACAUGGAUGAACUCAGUUUCACUGAUUCUCAGCUCCACUUUUAUGUUAAGGAUGCGCUCAAAGCUGCUAUUCAGGGUGACUGCGACUUUUACAAUCAGCUUGUGGCAGUGAUACAUCGUAAAGAGCGUCUUUCUGCUGCAGACGUCGCCCUUCUUGUGACGUGUUUGAAAGCUGUGACUGGAGCAGUAUCUUGUAUACAUAUCAGUCAUCAUAAAUCCCUACUUGCUGCAAUAUUAAGAAUGAGUCUGUGGGAUUAUGGAACUAAUGUGAUGGAUGCAUUGCUUGAGUUGCUCGUUGCUUUGGCUUCAUCAAAUGGGGAACAUGUUAAUUUGUGCUUGGAGAUGCUUGUGAGCAAUUUCGUGCCUCCAUCUGCAUACUUUGAGAAACACCGAGGUCCAUCUAAAAAGAGUGAAGUUCUUGAUCGUGUUCAUUCAACUUUAAUCGACAUUGCAAAUUUAGUUCCUCUUUCACCGUUGAUACUCGAGAAGAUAGUAAGAGAUAAAAUGCCCCAUGUAUACGUAAAAGAACAGCCCAUUGUGAUGUAUGUGGAGAAUAUGCUGAGAUUGGAGAGCGGUGCUAUGGGUGAACUUGUUGGAAGCAUGGCCCUGAUUGUGUUAAUGGAUAAACUAGUAGAAUUGGAUGUGGAAAUUGCAUGGAAGGAUAUUUUGGAGGACGACUUCCAAAAGGAUGUCUUUGAUUUUGAACUAGAAGACCUUGCGGAACCUGCAGAUAAUUUCAAUCAAGAAAACAAAGAGUUUACUAGAGAAGCGUCAAUGCAAAGGUUUUGUUCUGGGAACCAUCCUGAAAAGUUAGAUAGUUUGAUGGUGCUUACUUUUGAACACCUUAAAUGCUGUUUUGAGACCGGUCGUCUGGUUCAGGUUUUUGAGAUCCUCCUCCAAUCAUUUCGGAUAACAGUUUUGACUGCGUACAAAUCAAAAUUCGCUCAGUUUGUCAUGUUCUAUGCUUGCUCACUGGAUCCUGAAAACUGUGGAAAGUUAUUUGCCGAUGCACUUGUAGAUAUCUUUGUGAAUGGUGUCCAUCCUGAAUGGAGAAUGAGUGCUGUGGCAUACCUUGCAAGUUAUCUGGCUCGUGCCAAAUUUCUUCCUGUCCCUUUGAUCGCUAUAAUGCUGGAACGUGUAGUGGACUGGUGUUCCAAAUAUUGCAAAAACUGGGGCAGUGACAUUAAUCCAAAAGCUCAGAAAGUAUUCUAUGCUGGAUGCCAGGCCACGAUGUAUGUGCUUUGUUUCCGCAUGAAACAAAUGCUUGCUAUUCCUCGGCUGAAGUCCCAACUGCAGCUCAUGCAGAUUGAUGCCAUCCUCGGGCAUCCUUUGAAACCACUUCAGGUAUGCCUGCCAUCAAUUGUAGAUGAAUUUCUACGGCAGGCGAAAGAAAAUCGCGUAUGUUUUCUUCCUGAAAGGCUUGCUGACCAAGAUUUCCUAGAAUCAAAACAUUCUACUGUAUUUGGUGGGACAGAAAAACUGGGAAUGUUUUUCCCGUUUGAUCCCAUCCUAUUGCCAAAUUGUGACAGAUACAUCCGACCAAAUUAUGUCUACUGGUCAAUGGUGAGAAGUAGUUAUGACGAGGAAGGCACUAGUGAUGAAGAUGUUGCUGAUGCCUAUGAUUGUGAAGAUGGGAUGAGUAUUCCAGAUGAUAGAAGUGGGAAGGGUUGUGAUGAGGAAGAUUGUGAUGCUGAUGAGUUUAGUCCUAGUUUUGAAAAGAUGUCAAUUACCCCUAGGGAUUCAAGUCACAGAUUUGGGGGCCGAAUGCCCUCGAGAAUCAGACCUUCAAUGAGUCCCGAGUCGUUGUGAUUUAGCUCUACUCUCAGCUAUAUUAAUGGUGCUUGGUAUAUUCAUCCACUAUUGGUGAAUGUAAUGUCUUCAAACAAUUAUUGGUAGUCCAUCUCUCUCUCAUGUCUGUUUUUAGGAACUGGAUGGACGUGAGCGAAUUAUGUUUAAUGUGUAUGAAUUUUUCACAUUUUAGUAUAUUCAAAUAUUAGCAUAAUUGUAAUCAA